GCUGUCGAACACGGCGUAUAAAGGUGCGUGUAUACAUCGGCUGGCUCGCAGCCUCUCGUCGACGCCCGCACCCGCUUUCGCUACCGUGCAUGUGAGAUGUGCCUAGCGCCGUUGCGUUCGGGAGGAACGCGACGUUCGCCUGCAAUAGCUGCCAAUUCCUGAUCUUAGUCCUCCCAGCCUGUCGGGAUCGCCGCAACCAUCCACCAUGAGGCUGAUAAUUAACUGCCGUCUUAUAGUGCGACAAAAAGCGCCCGGAAUGCUCACAGUGCAUUCGCGUAGGCAAAAAAUGCCCCGGCUAUCGGGACCAGCUGUCUCUCAUGUUUCGAGAUGAGAGCAGCAAGGUCAUACAGAAGGCGCACGCGCAAUGGGGUUCAUCGGGACCUUCUCCUAUCGAGGUCGGUCGCAUCUCAGCUCCCGCCUCGGACUCGGUUCCGUCCUCGGACGACCCGGCUUCAACCUUGGCCGAAGCCCCAUCUGCCAGUGCUCCCCCCUCGCCUAUGCCCUUCUCCACCCCAAUUGAGCGUUGGGCUGGCCAGCCACCGAGCGCUGCUUCUGACGGCCCGUCAUCGCCACCGCGCAACCUGGUUCCCGCGAGAAUACCGAGAAAGGUAGAUUUCAAUAUCGAACAGCGGGGUUUGCACUUCUACAUCAGUCGUUAUCUCGUAGGCCACCCCGAUUCGCCAAGGACGCACGAGCAGGUGGCAGGCUACUUUUUGGCCGCGGCGAACACCGCUCAGAACGUCAUGGUCGCCGUAGGUCUCGCCGGCAUGUCCAACGUGCUAGGGGACAGGGGCAUCAACAUGCUCUCGCGUUCUAAAUACGUCACCGCUUUAAAAGACACCGGGAAGUUGCUCGCCACCGUCGAGCGGACCGGCCUCAUACCUCGCAUACGAAGUGUCAUAGCCCUUGCUCUAUUCGAGGUCGUACAAGGUAGAGGUCCUAAAGGCACGGUGGGCUCGGCCAGUACACAUAUAAACGGGGCGCUGGCUGUGUUACGCUCUGUGUUACCUCUGCCACAUUCCCCGUACGGAGGCGCUCAUGGGGCGUUGCAACUGUUGUUCUCCAUGUUCAUUCCGUAUCAGAUGAUAAAUGAGCCUCUCCCUCCCGUCUUCUUCGAAACCCUCAGGUUCAGCAAGGAGCUGAUGAACGGAAGUCCAGGGAGUUGCACUGUCGACCUAGCGCUAGCCGUAGCUCAGGUCCUACAGCUUUCGUCUAUCGUCGAGAAUACCGCGCUUACCGACGGGAGUUCGGCCACAGAUAACCUCGUGCAGCAACUUUUAAUCCUGGACGACGUAUUCGAAAGCUUGGAAGCCCGGUUGUUCGAAGCGUUUCCCUUCACGGAAAACCAAGGCGAGUAUCCGCCAGAGGCGGUUUUCCGCGGAAAGUGGCACGGGUACAGAGAGGUCUGGGGCGCGCGAACGUGGAAUCAUUAUCGAUGGGGGCGGAUCCUCGCAAACCGGAGGCUGGUCCAGUUGAUAAAUGACUAUCCCGCCUCGAGCCGCAAGUUCGCCCCUGCUGGUAGGAGAAAGCAGUGCUACGACAUGAUCGAGCGCCUUGCCGAAGGUGUCCUUAUCAGCACACCGUCUCAUUGGUACCACCCGACGCUGAGCGCCGAGGUGACUAAGAAGUUCGAGUCGAAGGGACAAGGCGGCUCCGGUGCCGUGGGUCUGCCUAGCCUUCUUUGGCAACUCACCGCCGCUGGGUGUGCACCGAACGUGCCGUUGGAAUUCUGGCAAUGGGCCUACAACGUGCUGCAGGUCGUCUGGAAGCAGAUGGGCAUGCUGCACGCCUUGGCACUAUCAGAGGUAAUGCAAGAGCACCGGGCCAGGCUGGAAAAAGCGGCAAUCAACCACAGAUUGGAGUUGGAGGGUGACUAAGGGCAGAUAAAUAUAGGUAUAUCUACAACUAUAAAGCCCAAUCCAGAAACAUGGUUUUCAAGAAAUCACGCCGAAAACCAGGACCGUGGUCGCUGUUGGAGGGCCCUAUUUUAACUGGCACGUUGGGUUCAUUAUGAGAGGGUCGCCGUCUACCCGACUUGGGGUGCGCGGUCGCCCAAAAUGCGUGUCCUGAUUUGGGGCUUUGCCAGCACCUAGAAGUAUUGAGGCCCUUCAACUCGGCCUGCGCGUCACGGGAUCGCAUCUGCCAAACCGACAGCUUGUCCGACCGGCAUCUCUGGCAAGGAGAGAUCCACAACUUGAACAGCCUGGGACGACUCUUAAACGUGGAGGAGUUUUCCUAUGGGCUUGCUCCAGUUGCUGAUGACGCUAGCAACGUGCCAGAGGAAAGGAGGAUGGGAUGGGAUGUCUUGGACAAGCAAAAUCGAUAGCAAAUUACAACGAUCAAGAAUUUUAAAGGAGUCAUGAUGUUAAUAUACUAUGUGUAGGUAACCAAGUCUUUUAGAAUGGGAAACCCCA